CAGCCAAACAAAUCGCUCCUUUGCCUUGACUCAUUAAUGAUUGAAUCAUAUGCAAACGAGGCUAAACGGCGAUGCUGCGCUGCGCUCCAGGGAUCCCAAAGUUCUCGCCAAGCCUGGUCCAGGAGUGCUGAUGGAGACGCAGCGCCCAGCCCUGGGGAUGGCUGGGAACGAGACAGGUGGCUGUUUGCUGACGGACAGAGUGCUAGAAAAGUAUUAUCUUUCCACCAUGUACAGCCUUGAGUUCAUUUUAGGCUUCGUUGGAAACACCGUUGUUAUGUUCGGCUAUAUCUUCUGCCUGAAAAACUGGAAAAGUGGCAACAUCUACCUGUUUAGUUUAUCGUUAUCAGAUUUAUUAUUCCUGUGUACUCUUCCAAUGCUCGUUAACAACUACUCCAGAGAUUACUGGGCAAAGGAGAGCAUCUGGUGCCACUUCAACAGAUUCCUGUUGCAUGCAAACCUCUAUAGCAGCAUCCUUUUCCUCACCAUGAUCAGCAUUGACCGAUACAUGCUCCUAAAAUACCCUUUCAGAGAACACUUUCUACAGAAGAGGGCAACGGCCUUUUUCGUGUCUGUUGCCAUAUGGAUUUGGGUGUUACUGGAGCUGCUGCCGCUACUGUAUUUCCUGGAGCCUGUAACGCCCAACAACAAGUGUCUCGAUUACGCGAGCUCUGGAGACCCCGUGAAAAGCCUCGGCUAUAGCAUAUUUCUGACUGUCUUUGGGUUCCUUGUCCCUCUCUUGAUCAUGUGCUGCUUCUCUGUGAAGAUAGUUCUUUUUCUUAAAAACAGGAGCGAGCAACUCCGUUCUCUCCUGACACUCGAAAAGCCUCUUACUCUAGUCAUCCUCACAGCGGCCAUCUUCUCGCUGCUCUUCACUCCCUAUCACGUAAUGCGCAACGUCCGACUUGCUUCCCGAAUACCAGCUCUGAACGUACCCGUGUGCACGCAGGACGUCAUCAACAUCAUUUACAUCAUCAUGAGACCCAUUGCGUUUUUGAAUAGUGCCAUUAAUCCUGUUUUUUAUUUCUUAAUGGGUGACCACUUCAGAGAGAUGCUGAUGGCAAAAAUAAGGCAGCUCUGGAGCAGGCUGACAACCACGCAGAAAUGAACCAGUAAGGAGAGCUCGUGCAGUGGGAGAUGGGGGGGAGUGUUCACCAGUGUACAGUGCCCUUUUUUUAGAUAACUUUAUUUGUGCUCUAGAAUAUGCGUGAGCUGAUUGUGUUCCUCUAAAUGCACUUGUUAUCUUAUUGCACAGGAGACCUCCUCCUGCUAAUCUGACUCCAGCAAACCAGAAGUGAUGCUCGCUCACAGCAGUACAGCAGGAAACCGUGCUCUCACAGCAGCAUACGCUGUGGCCUGUUAAUAUUGUAAAUAGAAGGUCAUCACGGUGGUUCUUAGAGGGAGAAUAACGCUGCUCUCGGACGGCUUCUUCAUGAGCCAUAACUUGAUGCGGGACUGGCCCUAGGCAUGGAUAAAAUGUGCCAGGGGCACGAAUUCACGUGGUCGAUCAAGGCUGAGUCUUCUUUGUAGAAGCGUUUGCAAACUCUGCAUCUCCCGGGAGGUUUACCUUUCAGAAUACAUAGCUGGGACAAUUUCCAUUUCCAGCUGAUUUGGCGAGGGCUGGCGCCUCGGAUGUGGCAAAGCAGGAGGGUAUGCGAACGGCUGGGCGGGACGCUGUGUCGGCACUGCAGGAGGGGUUUUGUUUGUGAUGAGGAGUGCAGGAAGCUGUAACGUUUGGCUGCCGGUCUUACGAACAUUUCAUGGAAGCCCCGAGACAGCGGAGGUGUGUGCGUGUGCAGACAGGUUCUCUCACACUUUGAUAUCAGAGCUAGAUUAAGCUUGCAGAAGUAGAAAUAAGAAAAUCUGUCGGUUUAGUUCUUAGCUGAGAUUUGCCUUUGUACAUCACUGGGACAGCUACGCAAGCUCAUACUGGCAUUUUUGCAUUCACUUGUCAAAGUAUAGAUUUACUUCACCAUAAUUUAAUUGCCUGUAAGUGCGAGCAGAAUGCACAGCUUGAAGCAGAAUUUGGACCUCACAGUUCAAACUUCAUUAACAGUGCCAAUAAUGAACCGGGAGCUAACGAGGAGCCAGUUCUCCGCCUGAGAUCCCUGCAGAAUCGUUGCAGCAGCAGCACUUACUCUCCAAUUGACUGUCCUGACUCCAGAUGUUAAGGGCAGAGAGCCACGGAGUAAUAAGCCUGUACGAGCUUGGGCUCGGGAAGGACCUGCCGAGCGGGGACAGCGCCGGGGCGGGCGCAGUGGGGGCAGCAGUGCGGGCAGGGUGCAGGCAGCCCCUCCUCUGCCUGUGUUCCAGCCGGUGAUGGAGGAGCCCCCGGCGAUGCACGAGGCGAGCGCUGCCCAGGGGCUCGCUGCUCCCCCGGGCAUGGAGGAAGGACCACCGGUCGUGUCUCAUCAGAGACCACUUUAUUUCUGCUUUCUGAUGUGUCGUUCAUCUGCAAUACACUUAAAUGUUUCAUUGAUACCUGCCUGAAAAAUAAGCUG